AUGCCUCCCAAGCAGCGCGUCGUCGUCUCGAGCUCCUCUGCUCGCCCCCAGAAGAGCUUCCUUAACACUGUCUACGACGAGGCCACCUCCCCCGAGAACACCACCAUUGUCCGGAGCCUGCUAGUCUUCGGUGCCGGCGUCGCGUUCCUCCACAGCAGCCUCGGAGAGUUCCUCCUCCCU